AUGGGCCUAAAGGUGUUUAAUUGGCUGAACUUGAAGAUGCCUUCUAAUACCGAGUACCGCACCAUCCAUGGGAGCAAAGCCAUGGAGGAUAAGGAAGACUCUGUGGCUGAGAAAGACACUGAAGCCCUGCUGCUCCGUGAUGUACUUCUAAGCGGUAUACUUGCAAUUGGCACACUUGGACAUCACGUAGACCUCUGUCCUGAGGCCUGCGUUGAAGAAGAGAAGCUUCUCACCAUGGGUGAAGAGAAAGUGGAGGAAGAGAAAUAUGAAGAGGAAAGGAACGAUAAGGUCAAAGAAGUUGCAUUGGCUACAGCGCCACCUGAACCAGCACCUGUUGUAGUUCCUGCCAAGAUGCAUUCAUCGUCGAUGAAAGAGGACACCUUCACGUGUUUCGUAAAGGAAGAAAUCUUGAUGGAUGAGGUGGAAGAGGCAGGUGUUGCUAAUAUCCAAGAACGGCCACUUCUGAUGGUAGAGAAGGUGGAGAAAGUAAGAACUACACUUGCUGAUUUAUUUGCAGCAGAAGCAUUCUCAUCAGGUGCUCCAGGGGAGAAGAAUUGCCAGAAUGUCACCAUUGUUUCUGGGGCAUCCACUUCAAAACCUACGUCAUGCAUGGAAAAGAUGCAUCAAAAGAAACCAACAAAGCCAACACCGAAGUCACUGAAGGCUACAAGAAAAUUAAGUCAGGUCAUGAGGAAGAUGUUGGGGAAGAAGAUCCACCCGGAGCAGGUCAACGGGCGUAGCAAUGCAAAGGGACCUCUUACUGCAUGA